AUGUUCCGAUUCCACACCCUUGGUCUUUAUAUUCUUGUGCCUUGCAUCAUUAUCGGCGACCUCAUUCUUCUGUUUCUCAAAACGGCCAUUCUCGGUUUCUGUUUGGCCCUUUUGCACGUCCGCAAGUCCAUAAGCGUCAUUGGUGGUUUUCUUGAAACCACUGCUGAGUGUUCCGUCGACUUGCUCCUCAUGAUGGGCAACUUCUCCAUUCAGGUAAUCGAGGAGGCUCAGGGUCAAAAUCACGGAAAUUCCGACGUCCACAGAAAAUACACCGCUUUGGUGGCGGAUGCUCUGGAGGAGGUUCUCAAGACCUUGGAAGCACCAGAAAUGGACGGUUUAGAGAGUCCAUCGAAACACCGUUUCCUGGCUGCCUUCCGCCAGUACUUCCACCGCCGAAAAGAAGAACCUACAACGUAA